UCCACUACUUCUGUCCUCUGAUUAUUGGCUUCCUGGACACCCUCCCAAACAACAAUCUUCCACCUGCUGGCUCUCUAUAACAUUCGUCACCUUGCUGAUCCUCGACCUGCCCAAAGCAUAGGUCGCGAGCAUCUGGCCUUGCAGGAUCUUCCCUACCAUCGCAAGCCCGAAUUUCGCAUUCCCCGAGACAAUCGAGCCAGGUCUACCAAUCGAAGCUCUCGAGCUCUCGCCUGCCCUCAAUUGGAAGCUCGCAAAGAGUCCUUGCAGGCCUGCCGAAGAACGACCAGGAAGCUCCAUUCACUGCUUUGAGGCCGAAUCAGAUCAGGCCAAGACGCCGCACUAUACUAAGCAGCAUCAGCAGCAGCAGCCAGCCAGACCCUUUGAGAGUUCGACCACUCGUGUAGCGGAGGGAACAGACGAAGAUGGCACAUGAGCCUACAUAUGAUGAUUACGUGGAGAGGAUUCACUACUCGGAGAAGUACACCGACGACAAGUGGGAAUACCGCCAUGUUAUCCUGCCCAAGCCCCUGCUCAAGAUGAUUCCCAAGACGUACUUUGACCCCGAUGAGCCUGGAGUGUUGAGGAUUCUGACCGAUCAGGAGUGGAGGAGUAUUGGAAUCACGCAAAGUCUGGGAUGGGAGCAUUAUGAGGUCCAUGCACCGGAACCGCAUAUCCUCUUGUUCCGCAGAGAAAAGGACUUCCAAGACAAGUAUGGCGCAGGUGGGAAGAGGUGAAAUGAAAAGUGGACAAAGGGCUCACGGGAAGAGGCAAGCGCGUAGCUCGUACUUAGAGUACUUUAAUCGACUAUCGUUUCUGGGAGGCCAUCCUCACUAAUGAAAGUAGAUCAGCAGCAGACGUGCAACAAGGGAGACGAGAAGUGAGAUGAAUUACAGAAGUGCAUGGUGACAAGAGGUAUACAGAGGUAAUGGUUCGCGCAAAGACUGUCUUCUCCCCACCAAACUCAAGGUCUGCCCUCUGGAUUUGCAGGACUCAAGCUCAUCCGAUUCCUCCGUGCAUCCGCCUCGUUCCUAUCUAGACUUUCACUCCUUGAUCUCG